AUGGACAGAAGCUUGUACACUCUCAUUUUCGAGAACCCAAAAAAUUUUUUCAAAGGAAGGAGUCAACUUUGGCUUUGAGUGUUUGGCCUGGGUACAAUGCCUUUAAAAAGCAGAUGACCAGCUUAGCUACUGACCAUGCUGACCAUUGUCCAGAAUUGGAUCACAUUACACAAAAAUAGCGAAUGGCCUUCUCUUAUAAAAUAUCAGAACAGAGCACAAUUCCUGAUCACAUUUUGCAGAAGUCCUUUCAUCACUUAAUCUUUGCUAACUGGUCUGGAUUACAGACAGAAUCGAUACCAGAGGAAAUGAAACAGAUUGGUGAGCAACAGGGAAAUAAACCACGCUGGGCAGCUCUUCUGAUACUCAUGGUGAUAAUACCCACAAUUGGUGGGAACAUCCUGGUUAUUCUGGCUGUUUCACUGGAGAAAAAGCUGCAGUACGCUACCAAUUAUUUUCUCAUGUCUCUGGCAGUGGCUGAUUUGCUGGUUGGAUUGUUUGUGAUGCCGACUGCCCUCUUGACAAUAAUGUUUGAGACUAUGUGGCCCCUCCCACUUGUUCUAUGUCCUGCCUGGUUAUUUCUUGACGUUCUUUUUUCUACUGCAUCCAUCAUGCAUCUCUGUGCCAUUUCCGUGGAUCGCUAUAUAGCCAUCAAAAAGCCAAUCCAGGCCAAUCAAUAUAACUCACGAGCCACAGCAUUCAUCAAGAUUACAGUGGUAUGGUUAAUUUCAAUAGGCAUUGCCAUUCCAGUACCUAUUAGAGGGAUAGAAACUGAUGUGGGGAACACAAGCAACAUCACCUGUGUGCUGACAAAGGAUCGUUUCGGCAACUUCAUGCUCUUUGGCUCGCUGGCUGCCUUCUUCACACCUCUGGCAAUCAUGAUUGUCACCUACUUUCUCACUAUCCAUGCUUUACAGAAGAAAGCUUACUUGGUCAAAACCAAGCCACCUCAACGCCUAACGUGGCUGGCUGUGUCUACAGUUUUCCAAAGGGAUGGAACACCUUGCUCAUCACCUGAAAAGGUGGCAAUGCUGAAUGGUUCCCACAAGGACAAAACUCUGCCCAACUCAAGUGAUGACAUACUUAGGCGAAUAAUGUACACAGUUGGAAAAAAGUCCGUGCAGACCAUUUCCAAUGAACAGAGAGCCUCCAAGGUUCUAGGGAUUGUUUUUUUUCUCUUUUUGCUUAUGUGGUGCCCCUUUUUUAUUACAAAUAUAACUUUAGUUUUAUGUGAUUCCUGCAACCAGACUACUCUCAAAAUGCUCCUAGAGGUAUUUGUGUGGAUAGGCUAUGUUUCCUCAGGGGUGAAUCCUUUGGUCUACACCCUCUUCAAUAAGACAUUUCGGAAUGCAUUUGGCCGAUACAUCACCUGCAAUUACCGGGCCACGAGAUCAGUAAAAACUACCAGAAAAUGCUCCAGCAAUAUCUACUUCCGAAAUCCAAUGGCAGAGAACUCUAAGUUUUUCAUGAAACAUGGAAUGCGAAAUGGGAUUAAUCCUGCCAUGUACCAGAGCCCAAUGAGGCUCCACAGUUCAAACAUUCAGGCUUCCUCAAUCAUUCUACUAGAUACACUUCUCCUCACAGAGAAUGAAGGUGACAAAACUGAAGAGCAAGUCAGUUAUGUAUAGAAGGAAUGUCAGUUUUCAUCUAAAUAAUAUAACGAUGAGUAAGGUAAUUAAGCAGAUAUAAAUGUACCAAGAAUUAUGUAAAGGAGAACUUUAUGUCAUGUAUCAAAUCAUCUCUUUAAAAUAAGAGUUAUCUAUUAAGAUUAUAUAACUUUCUUUAUUUGGACAAAACUACUCCAUGAAAAAAAUCAUUUUGUAUGGCUGCAAACAAAAAUAAUCCAGCAGUCUGGCUAAAUGUUAAGGUAUUCAAAUGAAAUAAAAUUAAGUAAAUCAAUAAGUUUCAGUCUU